GCCAGCUUGCGGUGGCCGGUGCGGUCCGUGGCUUGCGCGGUCGCGAGUUCGAGGUUUCCCCAGGCGCCGGGAUAGCCCGCUCAGGUAUCACAUCGUCUGGCAGCGACCGUGGGUUGAAGUCUGCUGGAAUACGCGCACGAGACUACAGCCCUGAGGUGAACGGCGCACCCGGCCAGCAGCAGCGGCGCUGAGUCUGCCAGAAGCAGAGCGACAUGCCGGCGGGAGCUGUGGUGUCCAGGGCGGCCGAGGCGUGCAGCUGAGGGCGCGGCGGCUGGGCUGUGCCGGCGGCUGGCAGCUGGGCUGGGCUCGCAGCCAUGACGUGAGGUGCGGAGCAUGGCCCUCACCACCGGCGUACCGCAGGUGAACGCCAAGCGCGCCACGUACCGUCAGCGGCGGAUGGGCCCUGCGCCCUUCGCCUCGCUGGAGGACCUCAGCGACGACCAGGACAGCCCGCCGCCCAGCGGGGGCGGAGGAGGCGGCAGCGGGGGCGGCAGUGGGGGCGGCAAGCUGCCGGGCAUCCGCGAGGAUCCGCAGCCGUCGUCGUCGCUGCACACGCCGUCCACGCCGCGCAUCGACAUCUCGCGCGCCAGCUCCAGCUCACACCACGACUCCAACAACAGCUCGCCGGAGAGGGAGCUCUUCGCAGGUGAGGUGCCGUGCAAGCUGGGCCUGGGCUUCAAGGAGGACGCGGCGGACCUGCGCUCGAGCACGGAGGAGCUGGACCUGGGCGACGACGACCCGGUGGGCUGCGAGGAGCGGCCGCGCAGCCGGCGCGGCUCCGCGCGCUCCGCCCGCGCCCUCGGCAUCAAGCAGGAGGCGGGCGGCCGGCCGCGCGGGGGCUCGCUCUCCAAGUACGAGCUGGACGCCGCCGCCGCAGCCUCCGCGCACGAGCGCAAGGACUCCCUCUCCAUCGUCAGCACAGGCAGGACGUCGCGGCUCUCCUCCGUAGGUUCGGCGGCGUCGGGGGCGUCGAGCGCGGCGUCGCACCUGUCGGUGGCGUCGUCGGGGGGCGGGCGGUCGCCGUCGCCGCACAAGAUGCUGCUCGAGACGUCCUUCUGCGGCUCCAAGCCGCUGCUGGCGCAGCCCAGCAUCGAGCUGGACGAGCUGCCGCCCAGCUCCAAGGAGGCCAUCGCACAGGUGGACGGCUCGAUGCUGGGGGCGGCGGCGUGCGGCGACGGCAGCCGGCCGGCGUCGCGGCGCGACGGCCCGCCGCUGCUGCUGCCCAACGUCAGCCCGGUGGUCAGCCCCGCGGAGCGCGAGCUGCUCGCCGCCAAGGAGCGCGCGCUCGCCGAGGAGGUGCGCCGCACUCACCCUGCCCUCUCCACACUCUGCCCUUCUUAUUCCUGUUCCGUGGUGCGCGAGCUGGAGAGCCGGCGGGCCGAGAAGCCGGCGGCGCCCGCGUCGCUCAGCCUGCCGGUGUCGCCGCCGCCCACGGGCGCCGCCCCCUCGCGCACGCCGUCGGCGUCGCCCAAGCCGUCGCGCCGCCCCCAGCGCGGCGCCCUGCGCGACGCCGACUCGCGCACGCCGUCGCCCGGCUCCGUGUCGCGCAAGAGCUCGUUCGCCUCGCUCUUCCGCAGGGGCGGCGGGGGCGGCAGCAGCGGGGGCGGCGAGACCACGCCCUCCACCGUCGUCAGCCCGGAGUCGCCCACCGGCUCCACCGGUGUCCGCCGCAACAAGUCCGGCAGCAGCUUCUCCACCAUCCUGGGCGACGGCUUCCGCGAGAGGUCUCGGUCGCGCAGCAAGAGCCGCGAGCGCCAGCAGCCGCCGCAGCAGCAGGACGGCAAGCCGCGCUCCAAGGGCGUCUUCUCGGCGCUCUUCAAGAAGAAGGACCGCAAGAAGGCCGGCCACGCCGAGCAGCCGUCUCCGGGAGACCUGCCGUCGCCGGAGUCCAGGGUGCCGCAGCAGGCGGCGGAGCCGCUGGCGACAGUCGAGUUCAAGUUCGACUCGGAGGCGGAGGCGCCGGCGCCUGCUGCCGCCGCCAGCCAGCCUCCAGCGGCCGCCGUGGUGCACAGGCCGGAGCGGCGGGGCAGCGGGGGCGGCGGGGGCGGCGCGGGGGCGGAGGAGGCGCAGGCGCACCGGCGGGCCGCCUCCAACAAGCGGCGCGCCAUGCACGAGGCGCAGCUGCUGCCGGCGGAGUGCCAGGGGCUCGCAGACGUCAUCGCGGGCUCCGGGCUGGACAGACUCGCUUCUAUAAGUGUAACAUACUUGUUUGCACGCAGGGGCGGAACCAGGAUCUCGCCGCCCCCGCCACCCCCGCACAAGAAGUCCCAGCAGCAGCAGCAGCAGCAGCAGGCGGAGGAGAGGGAGAGGGAUGCGGGGUCGGAGCGGCCUCCGGCGGAGCCGCCGCGCCAGCAGCGGACGCCGUUCCGGUCGGAGCGAGAGCAGGAGGAGCGGCUGAGCGAGCUGCGCAAGCUGAAGCCGCGCCGCCCGCCGGAGGAGGGGCAGCCGCAGCAGCAGCAGCACGAGCGCCAGGGGCUCGUGCUGCAGGACUCGUUCGAGGGCGAGCUGCCCUACGUGCCCACCACUCUGCCCCAGGAGCGGUCUGUGGCGGUGCCGAUCCUGCCGGUGCGGCAGCGGUCCGCGGCCGAGGUGCGCACCUGCCCCAUCGAGCGGCCGCGCUCCACCACGCCCAUCAACCCGGCGCUGCUGGACGAGUACGUGCAGCACGAGGCGCCCGCGCCGCCCCCGCCGCCCGCCGAGAAGAUGCGCAUCCAGCUGCCGCGCGAGGAGACCGCGCGAUUCCUUAACUACGAGCCACCCUCGAAAUUGUACGGGCACCUCCGCCGCCACGGUGUUUCGCUGACAGAGGGCGCGCUUUGCAGCAGGACGCCAUCCGGGAGGUCGUGGUUCGAGUUCGCGGAGCAGGGCGCCGGCCUGCAGAGCCCGCGCGAGGGCCGCAAGCCGUCGCUGUCCGCGUCGUCGCCGUCGCCGCCGCCGCCGCCGCUGCCGCCGCGCGCCAACCCGCCGCCCCCGCCGCCGCCGCCCCCGCAGCCCGCCGCCCCCGCAGCGCGCCAGUGGAUCAACUUCGAGGAGAUCCCCGAGAAGCGCAAGCCGCCGCGCCGCAUCCAGACGCUGCCCGCGUCCACGGCGGGGCCGCCCGUCGUAUACAGCUAUGUCGAUCCAGAAGAGUGUGAGUGUGAGUGCCAUGAGACUUCUGGUGGCAAGGGUCGGUCCCACUCUGCAGCCUCAACCUCAAAAAAGAAGAAGGAAAAGGACAAGGACAAGGAGAAGGAAAGAGACAAAGAGAAGGAUAGAGAGAAAAUAAAAAGUGAUGAAAGAACGAGAAGUAGAAGCCGCAGUCGGAGCCACAGCAGGAGCCAAGAAGUGGUAGCUGGAGAUGGAAAGACUGCAAAUGUGAACAAGGAGCAGAGGCAGAUGGCCCCCACAUCAUCUCCAACAGCUGAGGCUCACCACCACCAUCAUCACCACCAGCAGCAGCAGCAGCAGCAGCAGCAGCCAUCUGCUUCCUCCACCGGGGACCGACUGGAGGUUACAGAUGUUGCUGACAGGAACUCCUACCUCAGUGACUCUUCUUAUGAAUUUCCCAAUUCAUAUUCGAUAGAUACUAGUGAUUAUUCGGAUGGUCUGAAGCCAAUGAAGCCAUUUGGUAUGGACCUGGAUGUGACCAGUAACAGGAGUAGCAUUAUUUCUCAGCAGGAUGAGACGCAGUCUCCUGAGGUGGGCUCUCCAAAUGGGAAUGAGACAAAACAUCGCCAGUAGUCACCCUCGAUUAGAAGAUGUGAGAGUGAGUGUUGUAGAAGAAAUUUAGAUACCAUCUGAACAUUAUUCUGCUGUUCUGCUCAAAGUUUGGUAUAUUAUUAAUGGCACUGCCAGUGUCCAUUUUCUGCAACAGCAUUUUUUUUAGUAUUGUGUUUAAUGAUGAUGUACAGUAAAGGCUCUACACAUAUGGAAUACACACCAUUGUUUUAGCGGAGUAUUUCACUUUACAGUUUAUUUUCUCAUUUUUUGGAAUCUUUUGAUGCUGUAAUAGUUUUUACCUUAGUCAUAUUGUCUGUAAGUUUUCAGCUGUUAUGCAGGUAUAUCUAUAUUUGUUUCUAAGUUCUGAUUUUAGAAAACACAGUGAGAAGAGAGUGCUGUGUGAUCUGUACAUUAUGAGCAUCUCCAAUGCUGGAGUCUAAUAAGAAUAUGACCCGUAAUGUUCCUAUGAAUUCCUACAUUUGAUGUUACUCAAACUCAGUACUUGUCCUAUGCUUAAUAAAAGAAACAUACCCCUCUGUUAUACAGCUGUUAUCAAGUAAAGCAAUUGCAGUGUGAAACUCUGUAGUUCACUUUCAGAGAAAUGUGUAAUAUAACACUUCUCUGUGCACCACUACUAUCAUGAAGUUUGACUGCCUUAUAAUCUAAAACGUCUAGUAGUCAUUUCCUAGAGGAACAUUAUGACGCUUUACUUUUGUAGAAAGAACUGCACAUUAUCUGCUUAUGGUGGGAGGAGGAGGAGUGUGGAAGGGGGAGAGGAAGAGAGAGAGAGAGAUUGAGUUUGUAAGUGUGUGUGUGUGUGUGUGUGUGUGUGUGUGUGUGUGUGUGUGUGUGUGUGAAAAAG